AUGCUUGCCGCCGACAAGCUUCUGCUCACGAGCACCAUCCGGAAGAAUGCCACGGAGCUGAAGGGCAAAGAGCUGUCCCUUCACAAGGGCAACUUCGAUGCGGUGGGUACGCAGGCAGCGGUGCUUGCUGGCUUUGCAGUUGUCAUGGUGGUUGAAUUCCACAUGCCGGAGACGGCACAUUUUGCGCUCCAGGGCAUCUUCUACAUUUUCGCAGUCACCACGCUGGUUGCCAAUCUGAGAUGUGUGGCCAUGACCACAUGCAUCACGGUUAUGGGCACCGGCCUUGCACUUCGUGGUCCAGACGGCUCCAUGGUGCGAGCGGUGGAAGGGAUGUACAAGCAGCGGGCCAUUGUCUUUAGGUCCUUCGGCGCUGGCAUUGUGUCCUGCUGCUUGAGUGUGGCCGUGAUCGCUUGGAUCAAGAUGGACAUCAUCCCGGCAUUCAUUUGCACUGGAGCUAUUGCAUGGACCUUGUUCUCCAUGGCGAAAUACACCAGAUUCUAUUUGGAGUUCUUCAAGUUCAAUGAGGAUGAGGUUGUCAGCCUAGAUGACAUCCUCGGGGCUGACCUUGUGAACAAGGAGGCCAUUGUGAAACAGCUGGGCGUGGGCAGCGACACCUUGGUGCGUUUAUUGGGAGCGCUCACCACUCGCCGGGAGCACACGCCCGACACCGACGUUGAGACUGUUCUUGGCUCUCUUCUGGGCGAACGGUCGACGGUGUCGCUCUUCGUCUUUGGCGAGGCCAUCGAGCACGCAGCGCCCAGCUGCGAGCGGGAGAUGUGCCGCUUGGCGACCGAGCUCGGCGGGCCCGACGGCAUGGAGGCCCUCAAGGGGCACUCGGCCGCUGAGGUCCUGUCCGUGUUGGAGCCAGCAAAGGCACAAAGGCUCCUUCUAUGGCUUCCCAAGCAUUUGGACGGCAGCAUCGACUGGCAAGCUGCCGAGGACAUCCGCUUCCAUUGUGUGACGCAAGAUGUGAGUGACAUGGACUUCUGCCGCGGCCCGCAGAAUGGCAACUGCCCAAACACCUCGAAGUGCUUCAUGCGAAAAGACUUCAGCACGCAGCAUGUUUGGGGCGGCUGCUGCUGCGAUCGCAACAGCACCCCGGUGGAGAUGAUCGAGAACGACCACCACGACUGGUCCUGCUGGGUUCACUUUGUGACUGACGUCCGCGAAACCAAGGGGAAGGAUCCCUACUGCGACGUCCUUUGCUGCCCCAGGCCCUUUCAGGCGCUUGCCUGUCACGGGCAACGGCCUCAAUGCUGCGACGGUCAGGUCAGCGAGUGUGGCAUAUCUCUCUCCGGCGAUCCGUGCUGUGCACCCCGGCAGGGCUCCGGCGGCUGCUGUGUCAACCUGGGCCGCACCUGCGGAUUUCUUCGCUUUGGACUGUAUGGAGAUUCGCCGUGUUGCCUCGAGAAUGAGCCGAAGACCUGCUACCCCGCAUGCACAAUUUGGCCGUUCAUUGGCAGCGUGCUGCUCCUCCUUGCCGCAAUCGCCUUCCAAUGGUGCAGCUUCCGUGCCGGCAAGCGUCGUAAGUGCCAGAUGUGGGUGACAUUUGCCAUCGCGUCGUACUCUGGCAUUCUGCUGCUCGCAAUAUUGCAGCCGGGCAGCCCCCGCUGGGAAGCCUGCGUUUGGACCCUGGCAAACUGCUUGGUGGGCUUUGUCGUGGCCCGCGCAGCCAGUGGCCGCAAGCUCUGGCUUCGCCCGCCCUGGCAGAAGCGUCGUGAUGCAGUGCCAUUACAAGAAGGGAAGCGUAUUGUUGUUACUAUACACAUCAAGGAGUACAUGUUCUUGACAGCAGUGCCGGACUACUACAUGAAAAGAUUGCGGCAGAUCUUGCGUGCGGAUGGCUGGGAGGUGCUAACUUCCUGGGAUGAUCUCGUCAAGGGGGACAUCCAGGGAUGCUUGAAGAUGCUGCAAAACGCCCUGCGCCACACUCUCAACGCGGAGGUGUUGAUUUACAUUUCCUGCCACAGCCAGAUGAUCUGGGGCGUUCCCUGCAUCGUGUUGGUGGAUGAGGCUCAGAUGCCCAGAGGCUGGUCCCUCUUUGAGCUUGCUCGAGAGCUCCGCAAUAUGGAGAAUACGAAGAAGGCGCAUUUUGCCAUCAUUUGGAAUGGCUGCCUGGCAGAAGGAGGUUGGCGGAUGUGGCUUUCAGAGCAACGAUGGUGGAUGGGUGAUCGCCUUCAAUGCCUUCCACGCUUGUUGGGGACAAAGAACGAAGCGGAUUUUUGGGUGAUGUUCAGCUGCCAGCCCGGACGAUAUGCAGAGCAACAUUUCUGCACGAAGCACGUGGUGGAGAUCUUGGAGCGAGGUGGCGCGCUCACCUUCAAUGAGCUGCUUCAACAGUUUUAUAGAGCCUGCAGCCCACCAGAAGAUCCACAGGCAGAGAAUGCUGUGCGGGGGCGGAACCAGCUUCGUCAGAAACCCUGGUUUUCCUCUGACUCGUCGGGGGAGCACUACAUCCUGCAGAGCGCGUCCCAUUGCUCUACGGACUGUGCCGAGAACAGUACAGCAGCCGGCUCAAGACGUCAAAGCAAGGACAGCAUUGAGAGCAUCCCGCUGGUUGAUUCACAGCCAUGA